CGGCAAGCCAUUCUACGCAUGUGCGGUAGACCUCGAGCAGAGCUGAACGUGCUAUCGGUCUCUCUCUCAUCAAUCUUUGAGUGUCAUCUUGUGUAAAGCAGAGAACCGCGAUGAAGACAAUUGUUGCGAGCAAGACGGUGUCUAUACCGCCUAAGGUUACGGUAAAGGCCAAGAGUCGUGUUGUUACUGUAACAGGUCCCAGAGGGACACUAACCAAAAGCUUCAAGCACUUGAACGCUGAAUUAACACCUAUUGGGAAAAAGAAGCUCCGCGUAGAUGUUUGGUUUGCCGAUCGGCGUCAGCUAGCAUGCGUACGCACAGUGUGCUCUCACAUACAGAAUCUUAUUACUGGAGUGACACGCGGCUACGUUGUGAAAAUGAGAAGCGUCUACGCUCACUUUCCCAUCAACGUCAAUAUUGUAGAAGGCAAAGAGGUGGAAAUCAGGAAUUUCUUGGGAGAGAAAUACGUAAGGAGAGUAAGCAUGCGCAAAGGUGUCACAUGCUCUUCAUCAGGAACCAAGGAUGAGAUUCUACUGCAAGGAAAUGACUUGGAAUUGGUGACCCAGUCAGCUGCUCUUAUACAGCAGUCAACAACCGUCAAGAACAAAGAUAUUCGAAAGUUUUUGGAUGGUGUGUAUGUGUCAUCUGUUGACAAAGGCCCAGAUCUUGAUGAGUAGAUUUUGAGUUGCAGUACAUGUGCUUACUUGUAUGCUGCAGCACAAGUAAUUAUUUCCAUGUAUUAAACUAGUAACUGAAUCUUUGUUUUUGCCCCCACUUUGACUGGACCCGAGUCUUUAGUUUCCUGCCCCUGCUGUUCUCUGUAUGUCACUCUGAGUGGGGAGAAACUGAAAGUAUCAAAUUUAGAUGCCA